UUUGCAAAUAAAUACGCGUCUUUUUGGGAAAACCGAUUUGGCUCCGAAAAGUGCUUGUGGCUGAAAAUAUUGGAAACUGUAUCUUCGUUGACGACUGCAGAGCCUCAGCAAUCCAGUGCGGAUUGUAUUUAAAGUGAAUUGGAGGGAAAAAGAUUCCGUUCGCCAACGUUUCGUAUUGAUUCGCUAAACAUGGACGAUUUAAAGCACGAAAUCGAAGAUUCCGACGAUUUGGUGGAAUACACGAUGGAAUAUGAGGAAGUGGACGAGCAGGAAGAGGAGCAGGAAGAGCUGCUUGUGACUAUGACCGAAGAGCAUGAGGAACAUCUAGAUGAAACAAUUGAAACCAUCGAAUCGAUUGGUUCCGAGGCCGAGGAAAUCGAGGAACAGGAACAAUCACUCGAGGAAAAAGAUGGCAAUACUGACUCAGAUGGUGAGCCUUUACCAUCCGUAUCUACAAACGUACAACGGCUAAGGAAGUCAAUGGUUCAAUCGCCAAUACGGGCCGCUGUUACUACAUUGGAUAGUGUGGUGGUCAUGCGGCCGCAACCAUCACAUGGUACGACUACUCAAAUCAAAUUACUAAACAACUCUCAGGCAAACCAGAUACCAGCUACCCAAACACAGUCUUUCCGCCUUGUAAAAACAGAAGGGUCGGGGAUAAUGAAAUCAACUGUGGUUAUACAGCCUAACGGACAAACUUUGAAACGAUCGAUCGCCGUCAGCAAUGUUAAUAUACAACCUCCAACUAAAGUGAUGCUUAACGCGAAUGCUCGCGUCCUACAGAUACAGUCCAAUAGUGGGUCACCAUCGUCUCCGCUAGUGGCAAAAACCGUUACCGUUGCCAAAUCGUCUCCGCAGAUUGCCGGUUCAGGAAGCGCGACAAAAACGAUUACUAUGAAAUCCCUCCCGGGAGGCUCGAUGAAAAUGGUUUCUCAAAUUAUUGGACAAACACCAGCAUCCUCAGUGCGAGUAGCAAAGGCAAAUAUUCCUACCCAGGCUAUAGGUAGUCGGAUUAUUAACAGCCACGCCAACCAAGCUAGUGAUGAGUCUCCCAAAAUUAUUUUGAACACUGCAAGCGCUUCUGCAAUGGCUGGCAAAAGGACACAAUUACAAUCCGUAAAUCAGCCCGGUGUCAAACCUGUUCAAUUUCUCCGUGUACUGAAACCAGCGCAAAAUAGGACCGAUUCAGCGGCUGAAGCAGUAUUGUCAUCGAAGAUAGUAGUGCAAACGACAAAUAAACCGAACACCGUCACUACCAUCGGACAGGCUCGUCCCGUGGGCAGUCUGAAUACAAAACCAUCGGUUGGACCUUUAACGAUCACUCCCUCGAAGAUCAUCCUGCAAAACAAUAAGGCCUUCGUGGUACGCAAAGGUGACAUUCCAGCAACGAGUGGUACUGCAAUUACUACCACAUCUUCAACUGGAAAGUCUCCUUUGUCUGCACAGCGCAAAAUCGUCAUUAGCGGUAACAGUUUGCAAAACCAGAACAAGAUAAAUUUGAUUGGAGGGUCGCGUUCUAUUUUAAUCAAAACUGAAGAUAUGAAACCGAUCGAUUCGAAACAAAUACGAACUGUUCUUGGAAAAUCAUCUACACCAUCGAAAGCAACCGGUUCUGCAUCUAAAGAGACGAUGGUUCACUCGAAAAAAGAGAAUGUUAGCUAUGAAAACGAGGAGACCGAUGUCGAGAUAAAGGCGAUUGUUCAAACGAAAAACCAGUCCUCAUUUAAAGAGGACUUGGAUGAUUCUGACGAAAAAGCGACAUCAACUACACCUACGAUCACGUCCAUUUCCUAUGGGUUUGCGGAAGAAAGCUACAAAAAGCGACCGUGCAAUUGUACCAAAUCCCAAUGCUUAAAGUUAUACUGCGAUUGCUUUGCAAAUGGGGAAUUUUGCUACAACUGCAACUGCAAGGACUGCCACAACACGCAGAAGGACGAUUACGCUCGACAGAAAGCCAUCCGUUGCACACUCGAACGUAAUCCGAAUGCUUUCAAACCAAAAAUUGGCUCGAUUGGACCGUCAGAUGAUGCCACGCGCUUACAUACGAAGGGAUGCAACUGUAAGCGAUCCGGUUGCCUGAAGAACUACUGCGAGUGUUACGAGGCGAAAAUUCCGUGCUCCAGUAAUUGCAAAUGUGUUGGCUGCCGCAACACUGAUCAAUUCUUACAAGAGUUCCAUUACUUUGGAGCUUCCGAAAGCUCCCGUAAAUCGCUGGAGGAUGGCAUUUCGCCAAAGUUAUCCCCCGGUUUGUAUGGGCGUGACAUGCAAAGACCUGUGUCCCAAGCCUUACCUGCUGGGGAUAUUAAACUGAUGUCCUUUGAUCCGACGAACAUGAACCAAUUGUCGCUCAACACUGACAUGUCGAAGCUACCUCUAAGCAAACAACCACACAACUCCAUGACACCAGACGUGAUCGAGGCAACUCUGCAGUGCAUGAUCGCUCAGGCGGAUGAAUGCCAAAGACGCGGCUGCAGCAUACGCACAUCAGAGCGUAUGAUAUUGCAGGAGUUUGGGCGCUGUUUGGUGGAAAUCAUGGACUUUGCGUCGAAAUCCGACAACGAUCCAAUCGGCCAUGCGCCCGAAACGGAAGAAAUUUAACAAAUGGAAUGCCACAUCAAGUGUACUACAUCCGAAGUAGCUUAGCUACUAAAUUGGGCGAGUAGGCUGUAUUCACGUUCUUUAUUUUAAUGUAUCAUUCUACAUCUCUUAUGUCCAUGUUUAUGCAGUUACUGUGCAGGGUUAUCCUUUGGCUACCGUGCAUUAUUUGUUUGGCAAACUAGGUGUGAACUGUCAAGGUUUUCAACGAUUCGAUUUAUUAACGGUUUUGAAGUAAUCUUUUUCAAUUUGAUAUAGAUAAUUAAAGGACGAAUUGUAUGUUUGUGGUAACAUAAUAGUGAAAUAAAAUUAUAGAUUCAUCCAUGAUUCGUGUCAAAGAGUGUAAAAAUAACUAAAAAUGUG